CCCGGAAGUGCACUCGAUAAUCUUCGGUAAAAGUCGGAAGUUUCGUCUUGGCCAACAUGGCGGACGCCCGGACUGCGGAAAUUCUUCGCCAGUUCAGCAGUAGGGCCACAACGUCGUCUACAAGAGAGCAACUGUCGCUGCUGCAAGACUUGGUGCCAUGUGUCGGCAAGCCGGACUUCCCAGAGCAGGCAGUGAAAGGCCUGGUCCGACUCUUCAGCCUGUCCAUCCACAGAUACAGUGACAAGACUUCCAGGAGAGCUGUGGAAGAUGCCAUUAGGAAUCUGGGGAACAUACCAUCCAGAUGCCACAACCAAACAGCUGUUAGGCUGCCCUGGAGGAGAUAGGAAAAGAUGGGCAGAGUACUAGACCCAGCUCUGCUGUGUGUAUGGUGAACCUGACUGGUUUGCGCUGGUCAUGCCUGCUCCUCCACACAUCCUUCAGUGGGACUAAAAACUGCACAGGGCCAUUAUGGACUAAACUGGUCAGGAUACAAAGUGCCCUUCUCCACACCACAGUUGGGUGCAGAAAGGCUUCCAUCAGUCUGGGUGCCUAUAAGGUGUUGAAAAGUGCUUGGGGCAAGAUACCUGGUCUUGCUGCUGUGUAUGGAGAGACUGUGUCCAGUCUGGAGCCCAGUCUGGUGCUGAUGUGUCUGGUCGGGGCUGUCAUGAGAUACUUCACAGAAACUAAGGACACAGACAAUAUCAACAAGUUCAAGGGCCCACUUUUGGACCUCUACAUCAAGUCAGUGCUCAGUGGUAAAACAACACCUCCACUGCAUGUCCUGUUGAACUGUGAGAGCUUGUUACGCCAUGCUAACCACCAGGACUUCAAGGACAAACUGCUGCCUGCCGUACAGAAGGCAGUCCUGCGUAAUGCAGAGAUACUCAUGCCAGCUAUCUGUAACCUGUUAGCAUCUGUAUCCCUGGACCUGAGCCAGUAUACACAGGACAUCAGUAAGAUCCUGGGAAGUCAGCUGCACUCCAAGGAUGAUACCACUUGUGAGGAGACAGGGAGGGCCUUUAAGAUCCUGGCACAGCAGUGUAGUGACCCUGGUGCCCUGGAGGAGGCUGCCAAACAUCUGUUUAACGUUCUCAACGGCUCGGAAGGAAAACUCACCGUGGUGAAACACAGGAUGGGUGUUCUCACUGGACUAGGAAACCUGAGCUACAACACUGUGAGUGGUUCAGGAACACAGACCCUGGCCAGUGUGGUGACAGAGAUGUUUGUACCUUACCUGCAGCAGGAAGUACAUGAGGGUACUCUGGUCCACACCCUAUCCAUGCUGUCACUCUGGUGUGACAAGUUCUCAACACAAGUUCCUACUAAACUCAUCGAGUGGUUUAAGAAGGGAGUGACCCUGAAGACAUCCACCACUGCUGUGAGGACUGCCUACCUACAGUGUAUGCUGGCUGCUUUCAGUGGUGACACCCUGCUGCAGGGGUUAGUCCUCCUGCCCUUCCUGCUGCAGGCUGUGGAGAAGGCUGCCUCCAACCUGAACCAGGAGGCUGUGGUCACAGAAGGUCUCACAGCUGCCUGUCUCCUCACCAAACUGUCUGCAGUUGAGAUUGAAUCAGAGUCCAAGUUGAGCCUUUUCUGGAAUCAUCUGUUAGAUGACAGCAAACAGAUGUUGAUGUCAGAGAAAUACCUGAACCAGGCUCCAGAUGAUGCCCUGGUGAAUGUGAGCAGUCUGUGUGAGACUUUGCUGCUAGAUCAUCCACAGAAACUCAGUCCUGCAAAUACCAGGCAUCUGUACCGUGCCCUGACCAGCCUGCUCCUGAGCCCGUCCUGGCCGGUAAGGAAGUCUGGUCGACAGAGCAUCAAGAAGUUACUGUCUGUGCUGGGGUCAGACAGACUGGCACACCCACUACUGCUGCAGCUCAGAGCCAUCCUCAACACUCAGUCGAUUGAGGUUUAUAAAAGGUACUUGGAGGAGAGAGAUGGAGACCAGGUGAAGAAGGAUGUGGAUGCACCAAGAGUUAUCUCCCCUAAGAUACUGGCUGAAGCCCUGGAGAUGAUCUGCCUGGUUCCUGGCCUGGACAGUGAGAAGACCAUGGCUGAGAAACUCAUGCUGGAAGCUCUGAUGGACGCACAUCACUCAUGCAUCGUGUAUAGCCGUCCCAGCCUGUGGGUUACACUAUGCAGUCAGCUGAAGUUAGAUGCACUGGACCUGGUGAAGACCCAUCAAGACAUCAUCAUCGACAAGGUCACCAAGGCCAGUCCCAGAGACCAGGCAGUACUGAAUGUGGUGAAGACUUUAGUGUACAUUGCUCCUAAAGUCACCUUGCCUGCCAUCCUGAACCAUCUGAGCGGCUGGCUGGGAGAUCCCAAACUUGUGCAGGUGACACUGGAGGAGUACAACAUCAUGUGCUGGCCGGAGGGAGAGCUCUACAAUCAGACUAUACUGCAGGAUGCAACUUUACAAGAAAGCAGCAAGGGGAACAUCAGACGAGAGAACAAGGCUUACUCUUACGAGGAACAACUGAUAGAAGAGGAGAUCAGAAAGGAGUUGGAGAAGAAGGCAACCAAAGGUGCAAAAGCCAAGCCUCAACUGACCAAGAAACAGGAGGAAGCUCUGUCAGCUGAACUGGAGAGAGAGUCUGCCAUCAGGUCCAGACUACUACUGAUGGAUGAUGUCCUGGUCAAGGCCUGUUCUCUACUGCAAGCCUCCAUCCAGGGGAACCCAGCAGCCCUGAGGUCACACAUCAACACAGUCUCCACACUGCUGCAGCCUCUCCUGCAGUCACCUCUGGCUGCCCCACGAGUCCUGCCUGUCCUGGUCAGCCUCAGGACGGCUGUGUUUGAGAAGGACACGGAAUACUUAGGAAGUUUGGUUGUGUACACAACACUAAGACUGUCCCAGCCUGCCGUGACCGUGGACCCAGCCUGGUGUCAGGAAGAACUGGUUCCCAUGGCAACCCGAGCUGUCCACCUACUACACACUCACACAGUCCCGUCAGAAAAUAAAAGCAGACUCCUGAUUGGUCCCCUGUCUGCACCCAGAUUUGCAUACUUCUUCCCUCUGCUGAAAUAUGUUCUACAAAAUGGAGGGUCAAAGGUUGAAGGUGACCUGGAGGUCAUGGGACAGGCUCUUGACGUGAUUGAGGAGCACACAAGGUUGAGAGGAGCAGAGGAGGAGGAGAGUGGCCCAGCUUUACUGCCUCGAGAAGAAAUGUUGCGAGUCCUGUGCAAUGUCAUCGGAACCUCCGGACCGGAAAUGCAGAACAUUGCCAAGACUGUAGUGGUUGCCACCUGUCUGUGUGCCAGUGGUGAUGCGGGUUGUACCACGUGUACUAUGGGGGAGAUCAGCACCCUGCUAGAGUCCCUCCAGGCCCCAGCUGCACCAGUGAGAGAGGCUGCCUUGGAGGGUCUGACCACACUAGUCCCAGUCCUGCCCAGAACAGACACAGACCCUGACGGCAGACUGAAGGUAGUCCAGCGGGUCUGGGUGGCCAGGUAUGACCCCCAGGACAAAAACCAACUCAUCGCUACAAAGCUUUGGGAGAAGGCUGACUGUGAGGUGGACCCCCUCCUCUGUACCCUGAUACUGGACGACAUUGUACACCACGAGGACGUCAUCAGGACAUCAGCUGCAGCUGCCCUGUCAGGUGCCCUGCAGCUGCACCCGGAUAUCACACCUGCUGUCAUGUACCAGCUGCUGGACAUGUAUCAGGACAAACUGGAGCUCCCCCCUCCUGUUAAAGACAGUUUUGGUCGGAUUAUCGCUGACGAGGCCAUAGACAAGUAUGAAGCGCGCUGUGGGAUCGCUCUGGCCCUGGGGCAGAUCUCUAAACACCUGGGGAAGGACAAGGUGGCUCCCUUAUUCUCCUUCUUUGUCCCUGAUGGUCUGAACGACAGACAUGUCAGUGUCAGGAAGAUGAUGCUGGAUGCUGCACAGAUGGCACUAGAAGAUCACGGCAAGGAUUGUGUGUCUGAGCUCCUCCCAGUGUUUGAGAAGUUUCUGGCCGAAGCUCCUAAGACCAGGGAGUAUGACGCUGUGCGGCAGAGUGUGGUGAUUCUCAUGGGGUCUCUCGCCAAGCACCUGAACAAGGAUGACCCCAAAGUCAAACCUAUAGUUGCCAAGCUGACUGAGACCUUAUCAACUCCCUCACAACAGGUACAAGAAGCAGUUGCCAACUGUCUGCCACCAUUGGUCCCAGCCAUCAAGUCUGAGGCUCCAGACAUGGCCAAGAAGCUGCUCAGACUGCUACUAGACUCUGAGAACUUUGCUGAGAGGAAAGGUGCAGCCUACGGUUUGGCUGGGCUGAUCAAGGGACUGGGCAUCUUGUCUCUGAAACAGCUGGAUGUGAUGACAACUCUACAGGAGGCCAUACAGAACAAGAAAAACUUCAGGCACAGGGAAGGUGCCCUCUUUGCGUUUGAGAUGCUGUGCACCAUGUUGGGGCGUCUGUUUGAGCCGUAUGUGGUGCACCUGCUGCCACAUCUGCUGCUGUGUUUUGGAGAUGGGAACCAGUAUGUGAGAGAGGCUGCAGAUGACACAGCCAAGGCCGUCAUGUCCAAACUGAGCGCCCACGGAGUGAAGCUGGUCCUGCCGUCCCUGCUGGCAGCGCUAGAGGAGGACUCCUGGAGAACCAAGUCUGGUUCUGUGGAGCUGCUGGGAGCCAUGGCUUACUGUGCACCCAAACAGCUGUCCUCCUGCCUGCCCACCAUCGUACCCAAGCUCAUCGACGUGUUAACAGACUCCCAUACACGGGUACAGAACGCAGGAGCGCAGGCACUCAAGCAGAUUGGCUCUGUUAUUAGGAACCCUGAAAUUCAAGCAAUUGUACCCAUCCUUCUGGAAGCGAUCGGUGACCCUUCCCACAAGACAGCCAUGUGCCUACAGGUCCUGCUGGAGACCAAGUUUGUACAUUUUGUGGACGCCCCGUCCCUGGCCCUGAUCAUGCCGGUAGUACACAGGGCGUUUGAGAACAGGUCCACUGAGACCAGGAAGAUGGCAUGUCAGAUCAUCGGCAACAUGUACUCACUCACUGAUCAGAAGGACUUAGCACCGUAUUUACCAUCUGUCACACCCGGCAUGAAGCAAGCUUUACUGGACCCUGUACCUGAGGUGAGAAAUGUCUCAGCCCGUGCCCUGGGAGCCAUGGUGAAGGGGAUGGGAGAGGCCAGUUUUGAUGACCUGCUGCCCUGGCUGAUGGAAACACUCACGUCAGAACAGAGCUCUGUGGACAGGUCAGGGGCUGCACAAGGUCUAAGUGAGGUGAUGGCAGGUCUGGGCACAGCCAAGCUGGAGGAGCUCAUGCCAGACUUCUGUAAGAUGGCGGACAACGAGGACGUAGCGCCGCACAUCCGGGACGGAUACAUCAUGAUGUUCAUCUACCUCCCAACCACCUUCAGGGAGGACUUCACCCCGUAUGUGGGACCCAUCAUUCCACCUAUUCUCAAAGCACUAGCAGAUGAGUGUGAGUACCUAAGAGACACUGCCCUGAGAGCAGGACAGAGGAUAGUACAGAUGUACGCGGAGCGCGCCAUCGCUCUCCUGCUGCCCGAGCUGGAGGGGGGAUUGUUUGAUGACAACUGGAGAAUCCGCUACAGUUCAGUACAGCUGCUGGGGGAUCUGUUGUACCAUCUGUCAGGUGUGAGUGGGAAGAUGACCACAGAGACUGCCAGUGAAGAUGACAGUUUUGGAACAGCCAGGUCACAGGAGGCCAUCCUGCGUACCCUGGGUGUGGAGAGGAGGAACCGUGUGCUGGCAGGGUUGUACAUGGGGCGCUCGGACGUGUCCCUGAUGGUACGGCAGGCUUCGCUCCACAUCUGGAAGAUCAUCGUACAGAACACCCCGCGCACGCUGAAGGAUAUCCUGGACACGCUGUUUGAACUGUUACUGGGCUGCCUGGCUUCAACAAGCUAUGAUAAACGACAGGUUGCAGCGAGGACUUUAGGAGACCUGGUACGUAAGCUGGGAGAGCGGGUACUACAGGACGUGGUGCCCAUUCUGGAGCGAGGGCUGCAGUCAGACAAGAGUGACCAGAGACAGGGAGUCUGUAUCGGGCUGAGUGAGAUCAUCAAGUCAACCAGCAAAGACAUGGUGAUAGUGUUUGUAGACAGCCUGGUUCCCACCAUCAGGAAGGGCCUGUGUGACCCCCUGCCAGAGGUGAGAGAAGCGGCGUCCAAGACGUUUGACAGUCUGCAUUCCACAGUAGGAGCCAGGACUCUGGACGACAUUCUACCUUUCCUCCUGAAGCAGCUGGAUGAUCCUGACACAUCAGAGUUUGCCCUGGAUGGUCUGAAACAGGUGAUGGCUGUGAAGAGUAGGGUCGUCCUACCUUACCUGGUGCCUCAGCUGACCUCACCCCCAGUCAACACCAAGGCGCUGGCCUUCCUGUCCUCUGUGGCAGGAGAGUCCCUUACUAAACACCUCAGCCGCAUCCUCCCGGCACUACUGAGCGCACUCAGUCAGAAGAGAGGAACGGAUGAAGAAAAUCAGGAACUAGAGCACUGCCAGACCCUGGUUCUGUCAGUAGACUAUGACCUGGGAGUGGGAGUUGUGAUUGAGGAACUUCUGAGUGCCACCAAGAGUGGAGAGCCCAGCAUGCGGCUGGCUGCAGUCACCAUCCUGAACUGUUACUGCAGCCAGAUCAAGGCAGACUACUCGGAGUACGUCCCCCAGCUGCUGCGGGGGCUCAUAGAGCUGUUUAACGACCAGGACCAGGAUGUGUUGGUUCAGAGCUGGGAGGCCCUCAACGCUGUUGUGAAGAGACUGGAUGCGGCGGCCCUGCAGCAGCACUUGCCCAGUGUGAGACAAGCCGUGCGCUACUCUGUACAGGACUGCAGGGAACAGGAGCUGCCUGGCUUCUGUCUGCCCAAAAAGGGUAUUACCCCCAUCCUGCCAGUGUUCAGGGAGGGGAUACUGAACGGGUCCCCAGAGCUGAAGGAACAGGCAGCGUUAGGGCUGGGAGAGGUCAUCAGGAGAACCAGCGCUGAGGCCCUCAAACCCUCCGUAGUCAACAUCACCGGCCCCCUCAUCCGCAUCCUGGGAGACAGGUUCAGCUGGAAUGUCAAGGCAGCUGUACUGGACACUCUGGGGCUGCUGCUGGGGAAGGUUGGCAUGAUGCUGAAGCCGUUCCUCCCCCAGCUCCAGACCACGUUUCUGAAGGCCCUGAACGACACCAACAGGGCCGUCAGACUGAAGGCUGCCCACGCACUGGAGAAACUGGUGGUCAUCCACACCAGGGUGGACCCACUCUUCACAGAGCUACACACACAGGUGAAAAAUGCAGAUGACAACUCCAUCCGUGAGACCAGCCUGCAGGCGCUGCGCGGGGUGGUGUCAGGUGCAGGGAAGAAGGCUGGAGAUGCCAUCAGGAAACAGCUGACAGCUACACUGUUGGGCAUGCUGGCUAUCCCUGAGGAUGGUAGUCGGCUGGCCACUGCUGGCUGUGUGGGAGCCUUGUGUGCAGUAGUACCAGACUCUGAACUCAACACCAUCAUGCUGGACCAUAUACUCGACCAUGAUCCGUCAGCUGAUUGGAUGUUGAGACAGGGUCGUAGUGUGGCGCUGACUGUGGCCCUGAAAGAGGCGGCUGACAGGCUGAUGGAUGCUCAGUUUGAGAACAAAGUCACAGACAUGGUCAUGGCCAACUGUGCAGCAGACAGGAUCCCCAUCUGUAGCAGUGGAGUGCGUGCUCUGGGCUUCCUCCUGACUCAUGUUGUCUCCAGUACUGCUGACAUCCCCAAACCUCUGCUCACUACAGCUAUUAAGGCUCUGAACCAUUCAUCUAAUGACAUCAAAAUGGUGGCAGCCCAGGGAGUGAACCAUGUGGUGAAGAAGUCCAGCAACCCUCUCCCGCUGAGCGUGUGCCGUGCCCUGGUCCCUGCCCUGGUCAGUAACACUAAGGAGAAGAACACAGCUGUGCAGGCCAGUAGUGAACUGGCACUGGUGUCACUGUUACAGCUCAGGAAGGGAGAGGACGGCAUGCAGGCUUGCCUGAAAACUCUGGAUGCUGCAGCAGCAGAAAACCUGAACGAGUGCCAUAAAAGGGCUCUGAAGAAGGCAGCCUCUCAACCUGAACCUAAGGAGGAAGACCUGGAUGACACCAUCAUUAUGGCAUAGGAACAGAUCCAGUCUCUCUUUCGUUCCAUUUUAAUAUUUGCUUUUCAAACUCUCAAAAGAUAUGAUUGUAACAAUUACCAAAACUCUCUAAAACGUAAGGAACAGUCACAGAUAUUUAGAUUUUUUUUUAGAAAAUGUACAAUGUAAGCUUGAAGUGUAACUUCUCUGAAGUGUUAGUGCCUGACAUAACAGGUUGGACAUGUAGCUUCUUGAUGAUGUACAAAACUACAGGCCUUGCAAUGGAUGGAUGAUUUCUAAGAACCAUAUUGGCAGCAGACUGUAGUCUUCAAUUACUUUUCUUUGGCCCCAAGUCUUUAGGAGGCAGCGCAUUACCAGUUAUACAUGUACAUGUAGGUACAGUGCUUUUCUCUACAGAAGGCUUUAAUAAUGGAACAUACAUGACGUAUGUAUUCUGUUUUUACAUCCAAUGAUCAUGAUGAUUGUACUUUAAACAGAAAA